CCGCCUCCACCCGUGCCGCGCUCCUCCGGUGGUGCGUCCGCCCUCCGCCACCGCCCGCGCGUCGCAGGCUGCUGAAAUGGAUAAGCUCGGUGGUUCUGCGCGUCUCAUGAUUGUUUCAGAUCUCGACCAUACAAUGGUUGAUCAUCAUGACGAUGAGAACCUGUCCUUGCUUCGAUUUGGUGCCCUGUGGGAGUCUGUUUACUGCCAGGAUUCUUUGCUUGUAUUUUCUACUGGAAGAUCGCCUACUCUGUAUAAGGAAUUGAGGAAAGAGAAACCUAUGCUAACUCCAGACAUCACUAUCAUGUCUGUGGGCACUGAGAUAACAUAUGGGGAGGAAAUGGUUCCUGAUGGUGGCUGGGAGGAAUAUCUGAAUAAUAAGUGGGACAGGAGCAUUGUUGUUGAGGAGACAGCUAAAUUUUCUGAGCUGAAACUUCAGGUUGAGACAGAACAGCGCCCGCAUAAGGUCAGCUUCUACGUUGACAAAAAGAGUGCUCAGGAAGUGAUAAAGUCUCUCUCUGAGAAGUUGGAGAAACGUGGGCUAGAUGUUAAAAUAAUCUAUAGUGGUGGCCAGGACCUUGAUGUAUUACCUCAAGGUGCUGGAAAGGGUCAGGCACUUGCAUAUUUACUCAAGAAGUUAAGCUCAUGUGGGAAACCACCCAACAAUACUCUUGCUUGUGGUGACUCUGGUAACGAUGCAGAACUAUUCAGCAUUCCUGGUGUACAUGGUGUCAUGGUCAGCAAUGCCCAAGAGGAACUACUUCAGUGGUAUGCAGAAAACGCGAAGGAUAAUCCUAAGAUAAUUCAUGCAACUGAGAGGUGUGCUGCUGGUAUUAUACAAGCUAUUGGACACUUCAAACUUGGACCUAAUGUUUCACCAAGAGAUGUGGAAUUCCCUUACGUCAAGGAGGACCUCAAGCCUACAGAUGCUGUUGUAAAGUUCUAUGUUCUCUAUGAGAAGUGGCGUAGGGCUGAGGUUCCAAAAUCUGAUUCAGUUAUACAAUAUUUUAAAAAUAUAACUCAUGCAAAUGGAGUUAUUAUCCAUCCUGCUGGGCUUGAAUGUUCUCUUCAUGCAACCAUUGAUGCACUGGGGUCAUGUUACGGUGACAAACAAGGGAAAAAAUACAGAGCAUGGGUGGACAGACUGGUUGUCUCACAACCUAGUUCAGAUAGUUGGCUGGUGAAAUUUGACUUGUGGGAGUCAGAAGGUGAUGCGCGGCUGUGUUGUCUGACAAGUCUUGCACUGAAUGCAAAGCCUGAAACCCCUGAGGGCUUCGUGAUAACACAAAUCCACAAAACAUGGCUCAAAGGAUACUCAUCAACGGAUGAGCAGUCAUCCAAGCUUUAGACCUUCUCUUUCCAUCACUGUGCACACGGAAGGAAUUCACGUGAGGAUAAAUAAUGAACCUUCUCGUCUUGAGAUCACCUCCUUUCUCCUUUUCUUGUUUAUAUCAUCAAUUUUGUUCAAAACACUAUACUGGAGGAUGCCUAGAUCAGGCUUGAUCUUCUUUGUUUAGUGUUUAAGAUAAAUGUAUCUCAUAGACUAUCAUGAGAGCAUAAAGCAAACUAUCUCACUUGGCAUAUAUAUUUUCAUUGUUCAUGUACAAUUCUGGCCAGUUGGCAAUAUGAAGUUAAUAUGCACGCAUCAAGUUUAAAGGCUG